UUCUUCGGGGAAGUCCAGGAGAACAGGGUGAACGUGAUUGUUGCCAACUUAACUGUGACGGACAAAGACCAGCCUCACACACCUGCCUGGGGCGCCGUUUACCGCAUCAUCUUUGGAGACCCCACAGGACGUUUCUCCAUCCCCACUGAUCCCACCACCAACGAGGGAUUACUCACUGUGGUCAAGCCCAUAGAUUUUGAGCAGAGCCGUUCUUUCAUGCUGACCAUCGAGGCAGAGAACGAGGUUCCUCUGGCCCGAGGCAUCCACCAGCCUCGCCGGCCGACAGCGACCGUCUCUGUGCGGGUCCUGGACGUCAACGAGAGCCCAGAGUUCAACCCCAACCCCAAAUCUAUUAAGCUGGAAGAAGGUCCUGCUGUCGGCUUGAUACUCACAUCGUUCACUGCACAGGACCCAGACCGCUUCAUGAGGCAAACUGUCCGGUACUCCAAGAUAUACGACCCUGCCAACUGGCUGAGGAUCGACUCGGCUGGACAGAUUUCCACCAUUGGCACCCUCGAUCGAGAGUCGCCCUAUGUGAAGAACAACCUUUACAAUGCUACCUUCAUGGCGUCAGAUAACGCUGAGCCCCCUGCCAACGGGACAGGAACCCUUCAGAUAUACCUCAUAGACAUUAAUGACAACGAGCCUCGCGUGUUUCCUCCGGAGGUGGAAAUGUGUGAGAAACCUGAGCCCAAUGCCUUAAACAUCACAGCCAGUGACCCGGACCUGUACCCCAAUGCUGGACCCUUUGCUUUCGAGUUGGCCAGCCGUUCAGCAGACAUCCGGCGCAACUGGACCCUCAAUCGUGUCGGUGGUGAUUACGCCCAGCUUCGGCUGCGAAUCGGCUCCCUGCCCAGCGGCAUCUAUAAGAUUCCCAUCACCAUCACGGACUCUGGAAACGUGCCCUUGUCCAACACGUCCGUGCUGAGUGUCAAGGUGUGCCAAUGUGACCACCAUGGAGACUGUGUGGACAUGGAGAGGAUCAUGGCUGCUGGUCUGGGCACUGGAGCCAUCAUUGCCAUCCUGAUCUGUAUUAUCCUACUGCUAGUUCUGGUGCUGCUGUUUGUGAUGUGGAUGAAGAGGAGGGAUAAGGAGCGUCAGGCCAAGCAGCUUCUUAUUGACCCGGAGGACGACGUCAGAGACAACAUCCUGAAAUAUGAUGAGGAGGGAGGUGGAGAGGAGGACCAGGACUAUGAUCUGAGCCAGCUGCAGCAGCCCGAUGCUCUGGAGCCGGAGUGUGUGAAGGUGGGGAUCAGACGUCUGGACGAGAGACCCCUCCAUCACGACCACCAGUACCCGCUCCGCUCUGCAGCCCCUCAUCCAGGAGAUAUAGGAGAUUUUAUCCAUGAGGGCCUGAAGGCUGCAGACAACGACCCCACGGCCCCCCCGUACGACUCCCUACUGGUGUUCGACUACGAGGGCAGCGGCUCCACCGCCGGCUCCCUCAGCUCCCUGCACUCCUCCUCCAGCUGUGGAGACCAGGAUUACGAUUACCUCGGCAACUGGGGGCCUCGUUUUCGUAAACUGGCCGACCUGUACGGCGGAGGGGACGAUUAGCGCCGUUAGUCCUCCCCCCUUGCCCCGCCCCCUCUAACAAGAACCACUCUACCCUUGCUUGAGAAGGCUCAGGCGGAUGGGUGGGGCAAAGGAGAUGUGGGACUACGUUGACGUUUGGAUCUCGCUGCCUGUUUGGGGGGGGGGACAGCUGAUGGAACGUGCUGACUCUGGUCCCGGUGACACCUAGUGUGCGACUGGGCCACCGGAUCGGAGCGUUAGCACGCAUGCUAACAACUGGGAGCUUUCAGAUGGGAAGUGAAGGUUGAAGAGCCGAGACAGCCAUGCUACAGACGCUCAUUCACACUUGAAUUUUACCGUACAGCAGCACUGGGGUCAAAUGUGCCUUUUUGUACAUUCAGUUGGUUGUGUUCGUUUUUAAUUCUCUGUGUUGCUUUAAAAGCUCCUGAGGUUUGCAACUACAGGAGCACUUUGCCAUUAUAAUGAGGAGAGAGUGUGUGUGGGUGCGUGCUUGCGUGUGUGUGUGUAUGUGUGAGAGAGGGGGGAGAGAGGUAUUUCUAUGAAGACACACUGGAUGGAUACUUUAAAGGGCAAAGUCCACUUAAGAUGCUUUGGAUGAUUCUACCAGUAAAACAUGGCUUCACUCUGCAGGUUUGGGUCUGUAGAAGCAGGGUCCCUACACUGUCUGUUAGCAAAAUAUCUCAUGAAACACUAAACAGAACUCUGGAAAAGUAAAUGUUGGAUGUACAUCUACAACUGAUAAACUUUUGGAGUCAACCUGAUUCAAGAUGGCUGCUGCACUAAUCAGCCUUAGCAAUCAGUCAACAUGUUUUCUUUAAAUAGCCCUUUACAAAACUAAACGUUGAUCAAAGUGCUUAACAAUACAAAAAUUAAAACAGACUUUAAGAACAAUACACAUAAAAUGAUUAACAAAAUGGGAGGAAAUGCCACUCCUGUUUGUAUCAGAAAUUUUUCAGAUUAGAUUAAAAAAGACCCAAGUCAUUAAUGGAGUGUAAAUCUUGAGGAGGUUGGUUCCAAAGUCUGGAUGCAGUUUUAAAAGCAAACAAUGUGAGUUCAAAUCAAUUCUAGAUCAGACUGGAAGCCAGUGAAGAAAUAAUAAAACAUCACAGUGUGUUCGUUAAAAGUCAGGCUUCAGUGUUGUGGAUAGGUUGAAGAUGGCUAAGGGAGGAUUGGGAGAUUCCAACAUAUAAAGCAUUACAGUUAGUCAAUCUGAAGCAUAAAUGGCCUUUUCCAAUUUAGGAUGAUUCAAUAAAGGCUGGACACUGCCUAAAAGAUGUAAUUGAAAAAAAUUCACACACUCAUUCCCCCAAGUUUUUAAUUGUGGGUCUACAUUUGGACUUCAGAGCACCAAAGUUAUAGGAAGCAUCAUCACCAAAAACGAUACACUUUGUCUUUCCUUCAUUUAAAACUUAUAAGUUUGAAAGUUACAUUCUCUAGGCUUCAUAAGGCAAAUAAAUCUGUAAAUCAUCAACAUACAGUGAAAAGAAAAAUGAUGCCUGGCUGUAACUGAUUGAAGUGGGAAGCAAAUAAAGAGAGAAGAUGAGAGGACCGAGAAUAGAGCCCUGUGGCACACCACAAGAAAGAAUAGCACUAGAGGCAGACAAACUAUCAAUCAUCAUUACAAAAAAAAAACUUUCUGUUGGUCCAGUAGGACCAGAUAUGAACCGAAUAUAUCAAUAUAGAACUGAAGACAAGACAGAGGGACAGCAUGGUCCACUUUAUUAAAAGCAGCUGUUAGGUCCAGCAGCACAAAAGCAACAAGACUCUAAAUCUAAAUCUGAUCCAAAUUUUUCGUAAAUGCCAUGUUUUUCUAAGAAAGGGUGUAAUUUCAUAAAUACAACUUUUUCUAAGAUCUAGCACAGAUAAAUGAUUAUAAAUCAAUAUAAAAGUAUAAAUAAAUCUAAUCAAAUCUACAGAUUUUGAGCAAAAAUCUGUUGAGGUCGUACGCUUGAUGCUUGAUGAGCUAGCUUCAGUGAGUAGUGGCUGUUAGUAAUAUUAACUGUAAAGUAAGAUUAUCAGUGCCCCCACAUUAAACUCUUCUCGAAAACAAGAUCAUUCAAAGUCUACCUACAACAGGUGAGAUCAUCAUUAGUGGUUAUUUUCCACAAGUUUCUUUUAGUUAUACCUUUCUUUGGGUUUGACAGGUAUAAACUUAGUGUCAGUAUUCUCUGCAGUGACACAUCCAACUAGAAGUGUCAUCACAACCACACACACAUAUACACCAGCUGUUUGUGUGUGUUUCCUUCACCACACCUCAGCAGAUAUAUUCAUGUCCUUUCUGGGCUUGCACUGCACAUGAUUCCUUUGUUAAAACCAGCUGAGAUCCACCGCCUCAGAUUUUUGUCUCCACAAACACCAAACAAACACACAUCACACCAGAUUUUCCAGUGAACAGUUUGAGCUCUGUUUUAUUGUCAAGGACGUUUAUGUGCCAAACUAAACUGAAAUCAUUUCUCGUAUCUGGAAGGCUUCUGACUCGUGAGAAAUGUUUUUCUCUGCUGUUCAUACGCUCUGCUUACGUCCUCGCUCCUUCGUGAAAGGGAAUUUAGAACGACACAAGUCGGCUUGUUUCCAGGACGACUAAACAAAGCAGGGAAAAAAAAUGACCUUUAGAUGGGAUUCUGUCUCUGCUUAUAGAUGUGAGUACAGCUGAAAAAGAAAAGCCAAAGGUUGAGCUAAAAACUGAGUCCACAAACAGAAACAGAUAAAUAACAAAAACACAUUUGAAGUAUUUGUUUUGCUGCAGGAUACGGUGACAGUGAAGAAUAUCUCAUCAUAAAAGAAGUUGAUGGAGGAAAGGGUUUGAUUCAUUUGAGUUAAAUGUAAAUUAACCACAAACAUCAAUCCAUUGCCUGCUGCUUGUCCCACAGUCUGGUCUGGGGGGGCAGCAGCUUGAGCAGGUAGGUCCAGACCUCUCUUUCCACAGCCACCUCCUCCUUCUCUAUUAGACAUAGACUCUGCAGGCGUGUCCUGGGUCUUUCCUCUUAACUGGACUUGUCUGAAGCCUAAGGAGGCUUGUGUUCACUACCCAAAGCCAUAGGUGAGGGUAGGAAUGUAGACUGAUCAGUAAACAGAGCUCAGCUUCUCCUCUGCAGAAGCUCUCAAAUCCUCAUCACUAACAUCAUCAGGGGGUUGUGUUGCUCCGGCCUCGAGUAUAACCCUGGAUUUACAUUGCGUCCUCUCCGCUCCACCAAGGCACAAACUCCUCCAAAGAAACAAACCCUUUACAGGUAAUAAGAGCAUUUACUACGGAAUAAAUCUUGUGUCAGCAGGAACUCAGUUUGCUCAGAUUGAAGCUGGAUGUGCACAAUUUGAAAUUAAAUGCGUUGGUUUGAAAAUUAAACUCACUAAAUUGACUGGUUUGAAAUAGAAUUUAAAGCUUUGUAUGUAAUUAAUUUACUUUCAAACUGUAUUUUGGUUCAUUAAAAAUUCAGUUUGACUACUUUCA